UUCAGCGCUUCUACCGUUCGCUCGCUCGCUCAGUGCUGCAGCUAGUACAUUGGAAGCUGCCAUUGAGCAGUGAGGAGUCGAAGCAUUGGAGAGCAUGGUGAUGGUCAAGAGAGAGAUCGGGAACUACUCGGGGUCAGAUCCGGCAGUGACGAUCAACGCGUCGGAAGGCGGCGAGGCGAGCCAGGUUGUGAGGAGGAGGAGGAGGAGGGGGCCGGUUCUGCUUGCGCCGACCAGUGGCGGCGCCAACGGCAGCGGCAUUGGCAAGCCCUUGCCAAGCAUCACCGUUAAGAGGAGCUCCAGGUUUCGUGGAGUCAGCAGGCAUCGAUGGACAGGUCGUUUUGAAGCGCAUCUGUGGGACAAGAACUCCUGGAAUCCAACACAGAGGAAGAAAGGCAAGCAGGUCUAUCUGGGAGCAUACGAUGAGGAGGAGGCAGCUGCAAGAGCUUACGACCUUGCUGCUCUCAAGUACUGGGGACCAACCACCUACACGAAUUUCCCGGUCAUGGACUAUGAGGAGGAGUUAAAGAUAAUGGAGAACCUUACAAAGGAAGAGUACCUUGCAUCACUGAGGAGGAAGAGCAGUGGCUUUUCAAGGGGAGUAUCCAAGUACCGAGGGGUUGCCAGGCAUCAUCAGAAUGGAAGAUGGGAAGCAAGAAUUGGGCGCGUUUUCGGAAACAAGUAUCUCUACCUAGGAACCUACAGCACUCAAGAAGAGGCCGCCCGCGCAUACGACAUCGCAGCGAUAGAGUACAAAGGCGUAAACGCAGUCACCAACUUCGACCUGAGAUCAUACAUCACAUGGCUAAAGCCAAGCAAUCCAGUUACCACUGACCCUGAAGCUCUUGUGGUGCAAACAACUCCGGCCGGGCAACUCCUCCCGGUGGAAACCCAGAUGCUCCCAAGAGGCAAUCCAUUCAUCCUAGACCACAAUGCGCCGCCGGGUAGCAGUAGCAAUCAAGAGGCAUCUAUGAUCUCUUCCGCCGCCGCCGGCAUGAGGAAGAGAGGCUCAUCCACCGCGCUCAGCCUUCUGCUCAAGUCAUCCAUGUUCAGGCAGCUGGUUGAGAAGAACUCUGAUGCAGAAGAGGCCGGACGGGGUAUCAGAGAGCAUGCCGCUUAUCCAGGAGAAGCCUACGAAUGCCACAAUGUUUUCCAGGGCAUGUGUGAUCUGUUCUCGUCAGGCAGUGACCACACUCGAAAUGCUGGAUUUCAUGGAGAUAUCGCGUGCUAUGACGAUGGCGAGAGAGUGGAUAAUUGGAGUGGUUUUGGAAACAUGUCGUCUCUGCUAUAGUUUGUGUAGAAUUGUGCCGAGAGCAGAAUGUCGUAUGUAAAUUAAGUUUAACCUUGAGUUACUUCCAAUUGCUAGUUUUCCUUUCAAACACUGCAGAUUUCAUUGAUCAACAAAGAUAUGUUAAUCCAUGAUGAACCCUACCUGCGUGUUCUGUUUGCUGGGAUCAGCUCAGGCUGGUACGCAGUCU